AUGGGCAAAGAAGUGUUAAAUAUUCCAGAUUUACGCGUGGAGCAGACCUUUAAAAGAGCAGUGGCGAAGGAAACCAAGGAAUAUAUAAUAAAGAACAAGGCCACGUUCCCCCGCAGUACAAUAACAGAGCUAACAAGAGUAGAGAAGGCGGUGAUAUGUUCGAAAGUUAUUUUAAGAGAUAUAUUAGUGAUGCCCUUUUUGCAAAGUGUUGCUUGGACAGGAUUCUUGAUUGUACUUAAGCCAUGGUUACGAACGACGGUAACUUUUGGAAGGAAAAUGGGGAGUUCUGCAAUGGACUUAAUUACAGGAAGGAAUUUAGUUAAAUCAAAGCCAAAGAGUAUAUGA